AAAACACAAACACAACAUCAAAGCUACCGUGCCAAGCAGUACCCAAACACCAAUCCACCAUGAAGACCUUUCUCAUCCUCGCCCUCCUCGCCGCCGUGGCGACCACCACCACUGCGCAGAUAAUUUUGAAGGAGCCACAAGAACAACCAUGUCAGCAGCCGACACAGCAGUACCCGUUCCCACAGCAGCAACUGGAAUCGUGCAGGGAAUUCUUCCUGCAGCAGUGCAGCCCGGCAGAGAUGGCACCGUUCCUACGAUCGUCGCAUAUGUUGCAGCAGAGCAGCUGCCAGGUGAUGCAUCAACAGUGCUGCCAGCCUGCCCAAAUCAACGUGCAGUCUCGGUGCCAGGCCAUCUGGGAGGUCGUGGAUGCUAUCAUCAGGCAGCAGCAGCAGCAGCAGCACCAACAACAGAAGGGGCAGAUCACUUCGCGCCGGUUCGGAUUCCGGCCUCAGGAGGAACAGAAGUGUGGACAGGGUUACUUCCUGCCCCAGCAGAUAGCUCAGACCCUACCGGCGAUGUGCAAUGUGUACCUCCCACCGUACUGCACCACCACCGCCGCUGAGCCAUUCGGUACCGGCAGCAACUGAUAAGAUAUGAGGGCUCUUGUAUUAGAUAGAUGGAUCACCGUUGGUUCAGUCGAUGGAUCAAUCGAUGUAGCAGCUGAGACAAAUAAAGUGUAAUGCAUGAUGCAUCGUCAUGUGUGACACCCACCCUUACUAGUUGUUGAAACUUUGGAAUAAAAGACAAAUCGAGUUUUUGUCUG